GAGAUAUUACAGGGGACCCAGUCCGCAGCGACAGGCACAAAGUCACGGGGUAAUGAACUUCGGGAACCCUUUGCCGCUGCGUGCUUGGCUCUCCCCGGAAACCGGGAGCUGGCCUCCUGUUCCCUCGGAAGACUUCCCAGCAAUCUAGUUUUUCCCACUCCGCGCUCGGAUUUGGGCAGCGCGGAGCCCAUCUGCCUGAGGCUGCGGUUGUGUGUUUCCCUUCUUUCCGUAAAAGAGCAACGGUCUGUAGAGAUCUGCCCACACUCUGCCUGCCUAAUGUAGAGGGAGGAACUGAAGACUGAGAGACAGGAAUGGGGAAAGAGAGGGAUUUUGCCCUUUUUGCUCCGUAGAAAGACCAUUUUCGUGUCUCCAUCUCUGUUCUUCAAUACCCUUCUCUUGCCUGUCCUCCCUUCUCCCUCGAUCUGCCUGUCCGUCUCUCCAUUUGUCUGUACAUGCCUGUGUCCAUACCAAGCAACAUUCCCAGCAGCUGCGGUUUUGCAAGAGGCGGGAAGAAACUUAAGGAUGCUUAAUUUUCCACUGUGGAACGAAUUCUGAGCGCCCGGGGAGCAGCGCAGCGCGCAACCGACACCCACCUGUCCGGCCCCGGAGCCUCCCAGGCUGGAAGGCGGCUGGAGAGCGGCGGCGCCCGGCGGCGAAGCGGGCGUUGCCGGCCGGGACUCGGGCAGCGCCCACCAACCGCUCCGCCCCGGGACCGCCAGCAUGAGCAAGCCGGCCGGAUCAACAAGCCGUAUUUUAGAUAUCCCCUGUAAAGUGUGUGGCGACCGCAGUUCGGGGAAACACUAUGGGGUCUACGCCUGCGACGGCUGCUCGGGGUUUUUCAAACGAAGUAUCCGAAGGAAUAGGACGUAUGUCUGCAAAUCUGGAAACCAGGGAGGCUGCCCGGUGGACAAGACACACAGAAACCAGUGCAGGGCGUGUCGGCUGAAGAAGUGUUUGGAAGUCAACAUGAACAAAGAUGCCGUGCAGCAUGAGCGGGGGCCUCGGACGUCCACCAUCCGCAAGCAGGUGGCCCUAUACUUCCGUGGACACAAGGAAGAGAACGGGGCGGCCGCGCACUUCCCCUCCGCAGCACUACCCGCGCCGGCAUUCUUCACCGCCGUUACGCAGCUGGAGCCUCACGGCCUGGAACUGGCCGCCGUGUCCGCCACCCCUGAGCGGCAGACCCUCGUGAGCCUGGCUCAGCCCACGCCCAAGUACCCCCAUGAAGUGAAUGGGACCCCAAUGUAUCUCUAUGAAGUGGCCACAGAGUCAGUGUGUGAAUCAGCUGCCAGGCUUUUAUUUAUGAGCAUCAAGUGGGCUAAGAGUGUUCCAGCUUUCUCCACGCUAUGUUUGCAAGACCAGCUGAUGCUUUUGGAAGAUGCUUGGAGAGAACUGUUUGUUCUAGGAAUAGCACAAUGGGCCAUUCCGGUUGAUGCUAACACUCUACUGGCUGUAUCUGGCAUGAAUGGUGACAACACAGAUUCCCAGAAGCUGAACAAGAUCAUAUCUGAAAUACAGGCUUUACAAGAGGUGGUGGCUCGGUUUAGACAACUCCGGUUAGAUGCUACUGAAUUUGCCUGUCUAAAAUGCAUCGUCACUUUCAAAGCUGUUCCUACACACAGUGGUUCUGAACUGAGAAGUUUCCGGAAUGCUGCCGCCAUCGCAGCUCUUCAAGAUGAGGCUCAGCUAACUCUCAACAGCUACAUCCAUACCAGAUAUCCCACUCAACCCUGUCGCUUUGGAAAACUCCUGUUACUUUUGCCAGCUUUACGUUCUAUUAGUCCAUCAACCAUAGAGGAAGUGUUUUUCAAAAAAACCAUCGGCAAUGUGCCAAUUACAAGACUGCUUUCAGAUAUGUACAAAUCCAGUGAUAUCUAAGCUCUCCAAGUCCCUACUUUUCAGGAUGGGACAGUAUCUGAUGAACUUCUACCCAUGGAGAACAAGCCUCAACUAACAAACCCUUCAGGAAGCAUAAACCUGGGAAUGUGUAGCCUUCAGGAAAAAAUGUCAAUUGACACAAAACAAUUCCAGUAGCUCUGACCUGCUGCCUCACCCAGGGUGGGGUGGCCUGGAAGGAAAAGGGGGUGUAAGAGGACCGCCUGAGCAGAGAGGACUCACUGCUACCAUGCCCUGGGAGGGGACCGAAUUCGGGGUUGCCACAGGCCAGGCCAUUCUGCCUCUUACCUGGAAGAUCAGGCUGAUCUAUCAACAGCUGAAACAUAAGUAGAACAUUUUUUUUCCCUUUUAGCAUAUAAAGUUGGGUAACCAAAUAUAGUUCUGUGUAUAACAUCAUACAGCAGCCUUCAGAACUAUCUUAUGUUGAAGAAUUUAUUUCAAAAAUAAUGGUUAGGUUUUAAAUCAAAAGUUUUAUCAAAAGUUUCCCUUCUAUUGUACUACUUCAUAAAGUGGCCUUCAGAACUGAGUUAAUAAGUGAAAGGUAGCUUAUGCUGUGAGAUUUGCUUUUUCUCUCUCUUCUUCCUUUCUCUUUCUUUCUUCCUCUUCCUCUUCCUCCUUCUCCCCCUCCCCCUCCUUCUUCUUCUUAAUACCAUAGGCCAGGCAACCUUGUCAAAGGAAUUGGUGGACGAAAAUGAGAUUCUCACCAGGACUUCAGGUUGGAUAACAUCUAAAAAUAGAAGAGCUUUACUAAAAGAACACAAGUCGAGGGAGGAUGAAUAAAAACAGCAAAACCAAAUAAAGUGGAGAUGAAUGAUGGAGUGAGGCAGACUGCUGUCCCAUUAACACAGUGCUGAAACCAAAGGCAAUGGGGGUCCAAACUCGUGUUUCAGCGAGUCACACCAGACAGUAAAUGAACAGAGACAUGAGACCAGAAGGAACUUCAAGGAGAUGGAUGCUAAAGGGCUUCUUGAUCCAAUGCUAACAGCCUGAGACUCUUCAAUGCCUUUCAGAAAACCGGUUUCUAGUAAAGCUUUGAAUGCCUGCACGUGCACACACACACUUCGUCCUACACUAUAAGCUGCUCCUUUGGUAUAAAUCUCUACUUAUGGAAAUGUAGAAACAAACAUUUUUAAAUAGCUGCUGUACUUUUCACAUUUUGAUUUAUUAGGUACUAGCACUGAGGAAAAAUAUUCAGCACUUGGACUAUUAUAGGAUGAGUAAAACUUUCCUUGUAUAAAGUGAAUUAACUGAUUUGUGAAGUUAAAAGGUUGUACUCAUUGUAUUUACAAAGAAUAAAAAAUAUAUUGAAUUUAAAUGAACUCUGCCUGAUUUCUUAGCCUCCCUCCCCGGCUGGUUCUUAUCUACCAGUUACAAGGCGGCGGCGGCGGCAGCUGGUGUAAAAACUGAAGCUCAGAGCACUGCAGCCUGAAGAACUGAACCACAAAGGCAAUUUCCUUUUUACAGUGAAUCCCAUGUAGAAUGAUGAAUAAAGAAAUAAAACAUAAGAUUCUGUUCUCUGCAGCUCUCAAAUGUAAUUGCAUCUGUUAGAAAAAUUGCUGUGUGAGGAAGAAAGAGGCCGAUUAACAGAGUCUUCAUUCACUCACUCCUCUGUUUCUAACUCUCUUGCCAACAUUUCAGUCCUGACCAGGAACUUAAAAUUAUUUAAUGAUCAAAAAGAUAAAGUGUGAAGAACCAUAUUGGUGAGUAAGAUGCGGAAAGAGC